AUGAGUGAACAGGAAUUUGCAAGUGAAUCACAAAUUGUUGAACAUUUCUCAAAAUUGCAACAAGAAUACAACAAUAUUGCUGGAACUGUAGCAAAAUUGGAGUUGGAAAUUAGAGAUCAUAGUUCCGUUUUGACUGCUUUAAGAGAAUUGGAUGGAGACAGAAAAUGUUAUAGAUUAAUUGGAGGAGUGUUAGCUGAAAGAACAGUGAAAGAAGUUGUUCCUGCUGUGGAAUCAAACAUGGAAAAUCUGGAAAACACUGUCAAGAAAUUACAUCAAGAUUUGGAUGACAAAGAAAUGGAAUUGAGCGCUUUCAAGACCAAGUACAAGAUUCGAUUCAAGAAUGAAAGCAUCAACACAGAAGAGCGUUCGUCUUCCUCCAAAACAAGAGGCUCCAGUGGUGUACUAGCUUAA